UCAGUUCUGUGACGUAUGAGUUUGUUGUUGGAGAGUUAUGGAGGUCUGGCGUCUGUCUCACUCUCGUGUGUCCUUUUUGUCGUUGUGGGCCGGUUUGAACCUUGUUCUCCACUAUCAGGGGUCUGCAUUCUGCGGCUGCUGGACACAUGGUUUGGGACGAAAAAGAAGGAGAAGGGCCGGGGGGGUAGUGGCCAACUCCCCCGGCCACACUCGGAGUCAGAUUUCAAUGAAGUGGAAGAGCAGGAGCUCUUUGUAGAGCAACUUGAUGCUGAUGAGAAGUUUCUGAAUGAAAAAUUUGAGGAGAUGCUGAAUGACAUGAACCUAUCAGAAGAAAAGAAACAGCCAUUGCGAAUGCAACCCUCUAUGAACAAGAAGAUGAUGCUUAUCAACCAUUUUAAGGGAUCACUAACACAGGAUAACUGCAGUAAAUUCUCAAAACCUGCAGACUACAUCCAGUACCUGAGUACACCUGAUCUCAGUGUCAACAAACUGUAUGGGUGUAUAGAGUCCCUAAGGAUAGCGCUCACCAAUAAUCCUCUCAGCUGGGUACAAGAAUUUGGUACAAAGGGUUUGAAGCAGGUUUUGUCUAUACUCAACGAAUGCUAUAGAAAUGAUAAUCGGUAUGAUCGUAUCCAGUCAGAAUGUAUUCGCUGCCUUAAAGCAAUUAUGAACAACACAGAUGGGAUCAAGUUGAUGUUUGACCACAAAGAAGCUCUUACGAUCCUGGCCCGUUCGUUGGAUCCAUCAAAGCCCAAUGUAAUGCAGCAGGCAGUCCAGGUGUUGGCUGCCAUCUGCCUGAUCCCACCAUCGGGACAUGAGCGGGUGUUGGAAGCCAUUACCAUGACAGGAGAGAUUAAAGGACGUGAGAGGUUCCAGCCAGUGGUUCAGGGUCUCAUGGUGAAGAGUCACUCAUCUCUUACAGUGGGAUGUCUUCAACUCAUAAAUGCAAUAGUUGCCACUCCAGAUGAUAUGGAGUACCGUCUCCACCUGAGGAAUGAGAUUAUGAGGGCAGGGUUGAUUGAUGUAUUAGAGACUCUGGAGAAUGAUGCCAGUGGGGACCUAACAGUCCAGGUGAAGAUUUUUAAUGAUCACAAAGAGGAAGACUACUAUGAAUUUGUACAACGUUUUGACAAUGUUCGUCUUGAACUGGAUGAUAUCAAUGAUUGUUUUGAAGUUAUCAAGAAUCUUGUAAUGGACUCCAGUGCUGAACCAUACCUGUUAUCCAUACUGCAGCAUCUUCUGUUUAUACGAGACGAUGCACUAAUAAGGCCAGCCUAUUACAAACUGAUAGAAGAGUGUGUAUCUCAGAUAGUGCUGCACAGAAGUGGUUGUGAUCCUGACUUCAGGGCCAAACGUAGAUUUCAGAUUGAUGUGCAGCCCCUCAUAGAUACUCUAGUCGAAAAGUCUCGUGUAGAAGAUGAAAGGAAAUUGGUUGAAAUGAGUCAAAAGUUAGAAGAAGCCAUUGCAAAUAGACAAGAGACAGAAGCAAAGCUUGCUCAUGCUGAAAAGAAGUUGUAUGAGUUGGAACAGCUUUCUGGAAAGGGCAAGGUUGGUGGGAGUCAACUCUCUCCACUUGUACCAGGAGGGCCACCACCACCCCCAAUGCCAGGGAUGGGAGGUCCUCCACCACCCCCGAUGCCAGGGAUGGGAGGUCCUCCACCACCCCCAAUGCCAGGGAUGGGAGGUCCUCCACCACCCCCAAUGCCAGGGAUGGGAGGUCCUCCACCACCCCCGAUGCCAGGGAUGGGAGGUCCUCCACCACCCCCGAUGCCAGGGAUGGGAGGUCCUCCACCACCCCCGAUGCCAGGGAUGGGAGGUCCUCCACCACCCCCGAUGCCAGGGAUGGGAGGUCCUCCACCACCCCCAAUGCCUGGAAUGGGAGGUCCUCCACCACCCCCAAUGCCAGGGAUGGGAGGUCCUCCACCACCUCCGAUGCCUGGUAUGGGAGGUCCACCGCCUCCACCUCUGCCUGGUAUGGGUCCACCACCACCACCUGGAUUUGCUAUGCCAGCCAUUCCCAAGCCUGAUGUGCUGCCCUAUGGAUUAAAACCUAAGAAAAAGUGGGAAGUGGAAGGCCCUUUGAAACGAGCCAACUGGAAAGCAAUCUUACCCCAGAAGUUGUCAGAAAAAUCAUUCUGGGUAAAGGUCCAAGAGGAGAAACUUGCUUCCCCAGACAUUCUUACUGGACUGGCGCAGAAGUUCUCAUCUAAACCUCCUUCAAAGAAGAUGGAUGAUGUUGUAGAUAGGGCUGGAACAAUGAAGAAGGUGAAAGAUCUGAAGGUACUUGAUGGUAAGGCAGCACAAAACAUUUCAAUCUUGCUCGGAGGAUCCCUGAAGCACAUGAGCUAUGCCGAUGUGAGAACGUGUGUUUUGCGUUGUGAUGACAGUGUGAUAACAGACAAUGUUCUACAGCAACUCAUAUCGUAUUUCCCUCCACCUGACCAGCUGAAGAAGCUGGAAGAAUUUCGCAGUCAAUACAGUGAACUCACUGAGGCUGAGCAGUUUGCUGUCACGUUAGCAGACAUAAAAAGAUUAUUGCCACGCCUGAAAUCUAUGAGUUUCAAGCUCCAUUUUAUUGAAAUGGUUCAGGACAUCAAACCUGACAUUGUGGCUGGUACUGCUGCAUGUGAGGAAGUUAAGGCCAGCAAGAAGUUUGCUCAGAUACUGGAACUCAUUCUUCUUGUUGGAAAUUAUAUGAACAGUGGCUCAAAGAAUGGCCAGGCAUUUGGUUUUGAAAUUAAUUUUUUACCUAAGCUCACAAGUACAAAGGAUAUAGAGAAUAAAUUGACACUGCUGCACUAUUUGGUGGAAACAAUAGAAAAUAAGUUCCCAGAGCUACUGACAUUCAAUGAGGACUUGGCUCAUGUGGAUAAAGCAGCCAGGGUUUCAGUGGAAACAAUACAGAAGACUUUACGUCAAAUGGAAAGCAGCAUUCAGAACCUGGAGACUGAUUUGAGUAACACCAAACAACCUCAGGGAGACGAUGACCACUUCAGUGAAGUCAUGGGUACGUUUGCAGAGGAUGCUCGGUCACAGUAUGAGAUCCUGGAUAGUAUGUUCAAGAACAUGGAGUCAUUAUAUGCAGAUCUUUCAGAGUUCUAUGCCUUUGAUAAGCAGAAGUAUAGUUUGGAGGAGUUCUUCACUGAUGUCAAGACAUUUAAGGAUGCUUUUUUGCAAGCAAACAGAGAAAAUGUGAAGCUGCGAGAGACAGAGGAGAAGGUGAGAAGAGCGCGAGAAGCCCGAGAGAAGGCCGAGCAAGAACGAGCAGAUCGUGCAAUGAGGAAGAGAGCGCUGGUGGACAUGAAUGCGGACAAAACACAGGAAGGUGUCAUGGAUAGUUUGUUGGAAGCCCUUCAGACGGCUGGGGCGGAAAGAAGAGCACAGCUGAAUCGGAGUCGAUCUAGAUCUGGUUUAGUAGGUAAUGGACUCACAGGUAGAGAACUUUCCAGCGAAUUACUGAGCUCAGCGUAGCAGUGACUUCUCCAAAUAGUCAGUAAAUUAAGUUGAUCUUUGGCGUCCGUCCACCUGCAAGUCUCGGCCAAGGUGUAAACAUUCACAAGAUUGUAGAUAGUAUUUCCCAGCAUAGAGAUAAAUUAUAUAUUUUAUAUUGUUAUAAAAAAAUUUGAAGAGGGAUUCUAUGUCUUUUAGCUCGCAGUAUAACAUUUGGUACAACUGAAAAAUUGGUAUUUAUUACCAACCUUGAAUGUGCCAAAAAUGGUUCAUAUGGUUGUCAUUAUUUCAGAGGUGCUUGCAGAUUGCACAAGUGUGAUAUAUUGUGCAAGAUAUCCGUAGAAGUGCUUGUGUUUAAAAUAAAUAGUCUCUAUUUAAUAACAUUUUAUGUAGGCUGUACCAGUGCAAAUUAUAUACCAUCAGUAUUGGCUUCACAGGAAGAGAAGUAACAGCUCAGGCAAUCACAUGAAGAGAAAAACACAGUAGGCAAAGUACAAGUGAGAAAUUGUUCAUAAUUGAAACACUGUGUUAAUAAAAUCACUAUGCUUUUGAAGAUGGUGUAUUCUAGCGUUUAGAAACUUUCUUUCGCUGCAUAAAUCUGUAAUGCUUAUUGAAGUGUGCAAGUUAAAUGUGUUAAAUAGACAAAAACAAUAAUGCAUGUUACUUGAAGUUCCAUGUAGAAUCUAUAGCUGUCGUCGUACCGAGAUAUGAAUGUGUUUAAGCUAUAUUUACCAAUGUGAGGAAACUUAUAACCAAAAAAUAAUGCAGAUUAGCCAUUUACUUACAAGGCAUCAUAAAAAUGAAAUCUGGGCUAUGGCUUUGAAAAUGAUGGAUUAUCUAAAUUGAAUUUUGUGGUUUGUUAUGUUACUAUAAAAUACAUUUAAAAUAUUGGUGAA